UCCUCUUUCCACCUUUUGCUUUUCUCUCUUCUUCUCCCUCCAUCUCUCCCACCAUUUCUUAUUUCUUUGUUUCCCAUUUUGCUUUAUUUUUCCCUCGCAGUUUAAUAGCUGGAUCUCUGACCCAAUUGUCUGCUUGAUCAUCAACACCAUCACUUUCUUUCCCCCUUUGUUUUCUUCUUUUCAAUUAAACCCUAUCUAGCUACUCUUCACCACUUCCCUUAUAGCAAACCCCAAUUUCACCUAAAGAAGAUCCAAGAAAACAAGAGAAAAGAAAGAUGACUCCGGCGGCGGCUGCGGCGGCGACACCUACUAAUUACACGGCCGGACAGUUUGGUGAUACGACUUACACAAAAGUGUUUGUUGGUGGGUUGGCUUGGGAAACCCAGAAAGAUACCAUGAAAACGUACUUUGAGCAGUUUGGUGAGAUCUUGGAAGCUGUUGUCAUCACUGAUAAGACCACUGGCAGAUCUAAAGGCUAUGGCUUUGUGACUUUCCGGGAAGCCGAUGCGGCGAUGAGGGCUUGUGUUGAUGCAGCUCCGGUGAUUGACGGCAGGAGGGCCAACUGCAAUCUUGCUUCUUUGGGUGUUCAAAGAUCGAAACCCUCAACCCCUAACAAACUCGGUGGAGGAAGGACCAUUAGGGUCAUGGGUGGUUAUGGAGGAGGGUAUCAUCAUCAUAAUCAUAACCAUCAUCAAGCUGGUGGUGCAGCUGGAAUGGGGACGACAGCCUUCCCUUCUGCUACAGCCUUCCCUCAUUAUGCCAUCCACCAAGGCAUACCUUUCCCUGCUACUAAUCUUUAUGGAUACUCUCCAUAUUCUCCAGAUUACACAUAUCCAACGAGUUACUAUAAUGUUUAUGGAGGCACAAAUGGUCAGUAUCCAUAUUAUGGAGCAAAUGCCGGUGGUGGUAUGAUAACAGCUGCCGGAGCUGCCGCCGCAGCCGCCGCCUUCUACCCCUACCUGAACAUGGCGGAAGGUGGUCAUGGAAACUACGCAACUGGUCAAAGCUAUGGUGUGUACCCUCAUCAUCUUUAUCAGUAUUCUGCCGUGAAUUCUUCAGGAGGAUACCCACAACAGUAUGGCACUCCGAUCUCCCUAGCAGCUACUCCACCAUUGCAACCUGCAGUUUGUUUUGCUGUACCACAGGCGUAAACAUGGUUCUACAAUCGCCUGCUGCUCAUCAUUAAGAGAUUCAAGAACUACGUUGAUGAAACCGAGCCUGCAUGCAUGCAUAGUUCUCUUUCCAUUCUCAGAAUCUUUUCCAUUCUGAAAAAAAAAACCCCACCCGACCUUUGGCCCAACCAUGGUUAUCUCUUUCUUUGUCUCUCUUUCAUGGAAGCCUUGUAAGUCAAGGUUAUCCAAGGUAUGGAAACAAGCCCCCCAUAGGGGUUAUCCAUCCAAAUUUGGAGGACAUUUUUCUAUCUUCUCUUUAAAGGGCAGGGUCCCCUACAAGAGAAGGACACCCCAAAAAGCAUAUGCAUGUGCAUCUCACCAACUUAUGGCUACGGAAAAAAGUUCAUAAGUUGGGGAAAUUUUUAUAUAAAUUCUUGGCCUAUGGGAAAAGGUCAAAAAAAAAAAAAAAAAAAACUAAGACAUCAUAAAAUCAACUCAUUUCUCUUGAAUUAAGAGAGUUUGUAAAUGCUUCAAGUUUCAAAUUUUGAUGAAUGAUGUCUAUUUUUAUAUAUAAAUAUAUACAUUAGUUUAAUUAAUCAUGAGGCAUUGGAACGUGCCUUAAGUUUUUGUUUUUCUUAACUUGAACCCUAGUCUUAGAUUUUUAAAAACUUGGCUAGCAUGUUUUUGUUAAAACUAUUUCUAAAAAAAUUUCUUUCUCGGAAAACAACGGAUCAUCCCUUCUUAUGGUAAGAAGGGGUGAUCAUGUUUCUUUUUUAAAAUUUCUUUGUAAAUUCACUUUGGCUAAACAAUGGGAUUGUUUAGCCAUGUUACUAAAUAACAUUAAGGUGUAGUUGUAGUGCAUUUAGGGUUUUUACCGACUUUUUUAGGUAGGUAUCAUGGGCUUCGUUAAUGGAAAUGGAGUUCAAAUGCAUUUGGAAAGUAAGCCUUGAGAGAUAUUUUCAAUCUCUUGGUUUACGAUCUCUAACACAUCAACCAUGGUUAGGACUCAGGUCAACUUUUCCCUUUCCUUCCCUUCCCAUCUCCCCCCUCUCCUAUGUGGCUCUCAAGUCUCAAGUAAUUUACUUUGAGAUGAAACUUAGUACUCUUUUAUAAUAUGUAAUCAUGAUCGAAGGUUUGAACAUGGGAUUGUAACUAGGAAUUAAUUAAUGUUGCUUAAUUACAACACUCAUUCUUAAUCAAUGGUGAUUGAGAUGAGCCUCUACUUAACCA